AUGUCUCUCUCAGGUACCCACACCCCCAUAUCCCUCUCAGGCACCCACACCCCCAUAUCCAGGUCCGGCAGGUCUACCCCGCUGCAUUUGCGUGAUAUCGUUCACGAUGUGAUCAGACACUUCAGAAAUGAGAAGGACUCUGAGGCACACAGAAUCUUCCGCCAGUCGGCCGGACACAAGGCACCGGGUGCUCUCCCCCAGAUGGUCAACCCGGACGAGGAGACCGUCCCAGGUAUCGAGCAUCCUGGUAGCACGGGUGUCAUCUACUGCUCGGACCGUGCCAUGGCCAACGGCUUCUCCUACGCGUCCUCGCACGAGUGGGCCAACCUUGGACAAGGUGCACCUGAGGUCGGUCACAUCCCCGACGCUCCCCCACGCCCGACGAGCAUUCCCCUGCCCGAGGAUUCGCUGGAGUACGCGCCCACGACUGGUGUCAAAGCGCUCCGUGAGGCGGUGGCCGACCUGUACAACCAACAGUACCGUCAAGAUAAGCUCAGCCAAUACACCUAUGAGAACGUCUGCAUUGUCCCCGGAGGUCGCGCGGGUCUUUCCCGUGUAGCCGCCGUGGUCGGUGACGUAUACUGCUCGUACCAAAUCCCGGACUAUACCGCAUAUGAUCAGGUUCUGAGCGCCUUCAAGCGUCUCGUGCCCGUUCCCACUGCUCUGGACGCAGAAAAUAAGUAUAAGCUGGAUGUGGACCAAAUUCGAAAAGACAUUCGCACCCAGGGUCUCGAAGUCGUCCUCGCAUCGAACCCUCGUAACCCCACCGGUCAGGUGAUCGAGGGCGAGGACUUGAAAGCCCUAGUCAACACCGCGCGCGAAUCAUCAGCGACCGUCAUCUUGGAUGAGUUCUACUCCUGGUAUAUGUACCCCGAGGACAACGAGAGCUGGGGGAGGUCAGUCUCUUCCGCUGAGUACAUUGACAACGUCAACCAGGACCCUGUUGUCAUCGUGAAUGGACUCACUAAGAACUGGCGUCUCCCUGGCUGGCGAGUCUGCUGGGUACUUGGACCCAAGAACCUAAUCACUGCCCUCUCUCAGUCGGGCUCCUUCCUUGAUGGAGGUGCUAACCACCCCCUCCAGCUCGCCGCCAUCCCGCUCCUCGACCCUCAGCGCGUUCUCUUGGAGAAGAUCGCGCUUCAAAAGCACUUCAAGCACAAGCGCGAUCACGUGCUGAAGCGCCUCGAGCAACUCGGGCUCAAGGUCGACGUCCCACCCGUUGCGACGUUCUACAUCUGGCUCAACCUCGAGCGCCUUCCCGCUCCGCUGAACAACGGCCUCACGUUCUUCGAGGAGCUCCUGAAGGAGAAGACGAUCGUCAUCCCCGGCAUCUUCUUCGACAUCAACCCCGCGCACCGCCGCAACCUCUUCCACUCCCCGUGCCACCACUUCGUGCGUUUGUCGUUCGGGCCCCCAUUGGAGGACUUGGACAAGGGCCUGGACGCGAUCGGGCGCGUGCUGCGCAAGGCGAAGAAGGAAGGCGGGCAGGCCUUCGGCCACAGCUACAAGAAGAGCAUCGACGGCGUCCACCAGCUCGACCAGCUCGUCUAGUGUCUUAGAUGCGACUGCUACCAUCCACCCCCGGAAUACCUCACGACGAAGGAAACGUAUAGACGACGAACACUGUCUGUUAGCGAGGACUGGAGACGAUGUUGUAACGAUCAUGAGAAGUCACAAAUGCAUACCCCAGUGUACGAUGCCC